AAACGAGACAACGGUGGGCAGAAAGCGGUCAAGUCGCAAAAAGAUGCCAUCAACAUCACCCACUCACAGUGACAGCAGUGGCUCCUCUAAGCACGACAGUAACCAGGGCUGUUCUAAUGAGAUGUGUAUAAAGACGGACAGCUUGACAGCUCCCCAAAAGUGAAGCCAAAACAUCUUGAUCGCCUUCUGGUUGGCUGCUGGCUGCAGUAUAGGACAGUUGGGAGAUUGUAGAGGGGCUCAGGGGUGCUCCCGCCAGCAUGCAGGAGCCUGACAGACAGGAGGGCUUUCUGCUCAAGAGGAGGAAGUGGCCCAUGAAGGGGUGGCAUAAGAGAUUCUUUGUUUUGGAGAAAGGCAUCUUGAAGUACGCAAAGCAUGGAACUGAUCUGAAGAAGGGAAAGCUCCAUGGCUGCAUUGAUGUUGGCCUCUCUGUCAUGUCAGUCAAGAAAAAAGCCAUGUGUAUCGACUUAGACACAGAGAAUAACAUCUAUCACUUAAAGGUGAAGUCUCCGGAGCUGUUUGAGGAGUGGGUGUCAAAGCUGCGGCAUCACCGCGUGUUUCGGCAGAACGAGAUUGCCAUUUAUCCUCAUGAGAGGCACCUCUUCCACCCCCACGCCUCCCCCUCCCUCAAUGAUUCCCUGAGAAAAAGGGCUACGCUCACUAAGCAGGCGUCUAUCCACCAGGCUAAGGUCAGUUCUUGGCUCCAUUCCUCAGAGGACAUGAACAAGUGCAGCAAAGACUUGGAGGAAUGUGAAUCAUACCUGCUUGAACUCAACCUGCUGCUGAAGAGCAUGGAGGUCCUCCAUCGCACCUACUCAGCCCCGGCCAUCAGUGCACUACAAGCGUCUAAUUAUGACAUGCCCAAAAAAGAGAAGAGGCCAAGGAGAUGGCGAUCCAAAAACAACGGCAAAGAACCCAAAGCCACGCUACAGGUGCCGAGCUGCAUCUCCUCCCAAUCCCCCCGUCUCCACGCCUCCAACCCCAAUCUCUCCACCACCGAGUCAAACCCCCAGGAGGUCGGUCCUGAAUCCCCGGACUCGCCUACAGACGCGUCCCGUCUACAGGAGGACUUCUGCAGGCUGGCCAACAACAUCCACACCACACUGAAAUCAGCCUUUAGUUCCCUAGUAGCAGAAAAAGACCGACUGAAGCACACCAUCGACAUGCAGGCCCCACAGCCAGCGCAGGUUUUGGGUUUGAAGAGCGCCUAUGCUUCAGUGAGUGUCUCUCCAACUCAAAAACAUUGGUUCUGCAUGAUCACAUCACACAUGUCCACCAACUAUCACCACAGGUCCAGCAUCACUCAACUGACUUUUUUUUUUUAUCGUAAUCAGGAAUGUACAGAUGGCUCCCCCUCCUUGGUCCACCAGGUGUCCAAUGAGAGCAAAGCUUCUAUCCCAGAGUCCAUAUCAGAGUUUUUCGAUGCUCAGGAGUACCUCCUCUCCUCUUCCUCUUCCGAGAAUGAAGUGUCUGACGAUGACUCGUACAUCAGUGAUGUCAGUGACAGCGUCUCCAUGGAUACCUACAGCAACGAGGGAGGCAGUGAGAGACACAACUCUGUUAGCAGCGUGCUGACCCUGGCUCAUCGACGCUCUGUGUUACCUUCUACCAGCCCCACCAGCAGUGUGAGCCUGUGGAACAUCCUGAGGAACAACAUCGGCAAGGACCUGUCCAAGGUGGCCAUGCCAGUACAGCUCAAUGAGCCUCUCAACACCCUGCAGAGGCUCUGUGAGGAGCUGGAGUACAGUGAGCUGCUGGACACAGCCAACCAGACCCAUGACCCUUACCAGCGCAUGGUGUAUGUCGCUACAUUUGCAAUAUCAGCAUAUGCAUCUACCUACCAUCGAGCAGGAAGUAAACCCUUUAACCCCGUCCUGGGAGAGACAUACGAGUGUGACAGACCUGAUAAAAACUUCAAGUUUAUAGCCGAACAGGUGAGUCAUCACCCACCUGUGUCAGCAUGUCACUCUGAUUCAAAGAACUUCACCUUUUGGCAAGACGUCCGAUGGAAAAACAAAUUUUGGGGCAAAUCCAUGGAAAUUGUUCCCAUGGGAACCACCCAUGUCACACUACCUGGGUUUGGGGACCACUACGAAUGGAACAAAGUGACGUCCUGCAUCCAUAACAUCCUGAGCGGCCAGCGCUGGAUCGAACACUACGGGGAGAUGUCCAUCAAAAAUAUCAACAGUGACGCCUGCCAGUGUAAAAUCACAUUUGUCAAGGCAAGAUCAUGGAGCUCUACGGUGAACGAGAUAGAGGGAGUGGUUACAGAUUCCAAAGGAAAAGUUGUACACUCCAUCUUUGGAAAAUGGCAUGAGUCAGUUUUUCAAGGAGACCCGCCUUCUGCCACGUGUAUCUGGAGAGCAAAUCCCAUGCCAGAGGACCACGACCAGUACUAUGGCUUCACCCAGUUGGCGAUAGAGUUAAAUGAGCUGGACUCCACCCUGAGACCUCUGCUGCCCCCCUCGGACACACGCUUCAGGCCGGACCAGAGGCUGUUGGAGGAGGGGAACAUAGACGGAGCAGAGGAGCAGAAACAGAGGCUAGAGCAACUCCAGAGGGAGAGGAGGAAAGUGCUGCAGGACAACAGCAUGACACACGAGCCACGCUUUUUCAAGAAGUCUAACGAUGACACGUGGGUGAGCAACAACACAUACUGGGAGCUGCGCAGAGACCCCGGCUUCAGUAAAAUGGACUUCCCUGUUUUGUGGUGACCUCCAGACACAACCGAACCUCUCCACUACAACUUAGCAGGAAGUAUAAAACUGAACUGAAACCAGCCUCCGAGUGUCUUGACCUGGUCAACGUGAAUCACUCCAUGUCACGGUAACCCAACCUAUGAGGACUUCCUGCUUCCUCGGACUGAACAGAGCCCGUAGAACGUCUGAUGGUUUUGUUUCUUUCGUUCAUUACCUUUCUCCUAAAGGUAACAGUCUCACCUCAUUAUCUUAUAUAGUGUCAGUAUAGACUAUGGAUCCAUAUCAUUAUGUUCAUCUCAGCAUUUACCAAAGUGCCUUUUUAUUGCAGUGCCUCACUUAAUGAUCUGCUGUAGCAGUUAUGCAAAAACACUUUUAUUCAGAGACUU